AUGGAAGAUGCUCACCUUGACUCCAGCGCGUCACCAUCUCUAUUUGAUCAGGACGCGAUCCCUCCCUCUGCUGCUGCACCACGCCGUACGACCGUUGAGGAUGUCCCUGAAGAGGACUCCCACCUUGCCCCUGAAGCUCGUUACUUGCAGACGUUCCCGGAUGGAGCACAUGCAGGUUUCUCUUUUGGAGAGUCGCCCACGCAGUUCGAGAAAGUCCGCGACGACCAGAUCCUGAAGGGUGACGCUGUAUAUGGGCCCUUCGCAGACAACGAGGAGUGGGAGUUAGCGAAGUGGCUUAUCAAGAACAUCGGACAUACGCAAACAGAGCACUUCCUCAAGCUUCCCAUUAUUCAGCGCCGGGUCCAGCCUGGCUACCGCAAUAAGGACACUCUUCUGCGGAGUGUUGAUAGCCUCCCUAAUGGCGCGGACUGGCAGUGCGAGCUAGUUGAACUCCUCGGUGAUAUCACGGACCUUGAUGGAAAAGCAAUGAAGGAGACGGUGGAGUUCUGGUUCCGGGACCCUCUUGAAUGCAUCCGUGAGCUAAUCGGAAAUCCGACCUUCCGUGACGCCAUGAAAUAUGCACCAGAGCGGCAUUUUGUGGACAAAAAUGGGAAGACGAGAGUCAUCAGCGAGAUGUCAACGGCAGACUGGUGGUGGAAUCUACAAGUGAGUAAGAUGGUUACGUCUAACGACAAGAAGAAACUCACCUGA